AUGGCAGAGAACGUAGAAAUCGAUGAAGUAUUUUUAUUUGCGCAAUUUGGCAAAUUAAUGGAAUUAUAUAGUCAGCAUAAUAAAUUGAAAGAGAGAUUCUUAGAAGAAUAUCCAAAUCGCGAGCUUUUAUGCCAAAAUGGAUAUUCUUCGGCAAUAUUUAGAGCUGUUGUGGAGAAAGAUAAUACAAUCAUAAGAAAACAUUUAAGGCUUACAGUAAUAGCAUUGGAAAGAGUUUUCAAUUACGGUGAAAGGUUUUUAAAUACUAAAACGGGAUGGAAUGACCGGUUUAUUAUUACUGUAUUUUUAUAUUGGCUUGGCUGUGGUGCAAGCUAUCGUGUAACAGGAGCUUCGUUUCGAAUUUCGAGAUAUACUGUGCGGGAUAUUGUUUACAAGUGCUUGAAAGGGUUCCUUUCAUUAAAGUCAUCGGUUAUUAAAUAUCCAGCUGAAAGUGCCAUAGAUGGAACACAUAUACCAAUAGCUGUGCCUGUACGACUUCGUGACCAAUACAUGAACCGAAAGUCAUUUACAUCAAUCAAUUUACAAGCUGUAUGCUCCAGUAAUAAGGAAUUUUUAUCUAUUUGUGUUGGUUUCCCAGGAUCGGUGCACGAUGAGCGGGUUCUACAAAGCAGUGAAUUAUUUAAUUUGCAAAAUUUUCCUCCACCAGGCUACUACCUGCUAGGCGAUAGUGGAUACUGUUGUCGGACUAGUCCAAUAGCAAUUCUCACUCCAUAUAAAAGAUUGCAGCCGUUAACAGCAAGACAAAAGAAAUUUAACGAGCUUCAUAGUAAGGCUCGUACUGUUAUUGAAUGUACAUUUGGUGCAUUGAAAAUACGUUGGCGCUCAAUUUUUGAUAAAGUUCUUAGGUUAAAUCUUGAACACUGUGUUCAAACAAUAGCUGUGGCAUGCAUUAUGCAUAAUAUAUGCCUGAAUGAUGGACUUGAUCUGAUUGAAGUAAAUAACAUCGUAGAGGAUUGUUAUUAUGACGGAGUUGCUACUGAGAAUGAAAAUAUUGAUGCAAUUUCUAUGCGCGAUGAAAUUGCAAACAACAUUCAUAUGUAA